AUGAAUUGGAAAUUAGAGUUCUUUGACUCCCAAGAAAAAUAAUUAAUAAACUUCUUUCGAGAAGCUGCUAGACAACAGAUAGACAAGCCAAGCUAUUAGAUUUUUUUGAAAAUCAUAAAAGAAAACCAGAACUUUUUGCCUUCUCAAAACAAGGAUUAGCGAUACGUUUUAAUAAAAAUAUUUGGCAGUUCCAAGCUCCUUUAAUAAAAAGUAGGUCUAUGGACACUUCUACUCAUUUAAAAAAGUUCAUGCAAUAAUGGUAAAUAAAACACAGACUCUUAAUCACUUUCUCAAGUAAUGAAUGAGGCUACCCUUAGAAGUAAGUUAUAACUUUUCAAUUCUUAUCAAAGUCAAACUCAUGAAAAAAUACCAAAGGAAAAAUGUCUUGUUAGCAUGAAUCAGCUCCUUAACGGUUCAGUUUAAUAGGUUUGA